AUGGAUUCCAACCAAGAAGAUUUAUCGCAAAGCCCUACACCAUUUGAUCACAGACCAUGGAGAGUCAUUGCAGGUCCUGACCCAGCCAAUCGAACCGUUUUCCUCGCUCACCCGAGUAGCUUAUUCGAAAGAGAAUCAACACCAACCUGGAUCGAGCUCGAAAACAAAACCAUCGACUGCACCAAGUUCGAUGCAUGCGUCGUUUCUUGCGCUGUUGUUUUCCUCUACUGUGGUGUGUACGCAGGACCCGACGGAGAGGGUGAAACUUAUACCUCCCUGGCAAGAGAACCAAUGGAUCCAUCCAUGGAUGCCUCACUCGCUCCAGCUCCAGCUCCAUGCAACCCAGAGCUACACAGCAAACCCAUCCUCUUCCACACCCAAGUCUACCUAUUCGCGCGUGAAUACCACCUCCCAGACCUGCAAUACUACGCAGCCCGACGCAUGCACGAAGCCCUAAACCCAUUCCACAACCCCCUCGACAUCCCCCACAUUCUCGAAACGGGACUAAUCGACGCAAUCCACUGCGUUUUCACCACCAUCCCACCCCCCGAAACCCCCAACGAGGCUGACCCGGUCUACAACAUCCUUUUGAAAUUUGUAUCCACCAACUCCGCACAGCUAACGCCCUGGUUUGAGGAAUUCGCAAAUGGAUGUCCGCAGAUCAUGAUCGCGCUUAUCCGCCAGAUGUCUGAGCUGAUGACUCUGUGGCGGAGUGAUCGCAGUGGCGGGGCGGUUGCUAGGCGUAUGCUUACUGCGCAGACUGUUCUUAAUUUGAGUGCUGGUCAGUGUGAUGUUGUUCGUCGGGGGAUAGAAGAUGGGUUGGUGGAUCUUUCGCGGGAGAGGCUUUGGGGGAUCUUGGAUCAGGCUUCUACGAGGCUUGGGAUUACGGAGGCGGAGAUGGAUGCGUUUAUGGGUCAGGAGUUUGAGGAUGAUCUUGAUGAUCUUGAAGAUGAUGAAGAUGAAGAGGAUAUCGAUUCGGAUUAA